GCAGCCUGACUCUGAAGUGGAAUUAUGUGCUUCAGACAAGUUGAAAGAGGGCAACAAAGAGCUAUUUCUUGCUUUCAGGAAUGAAUCAGGUCACAAUUCAAUGGGAUGUGGUAAUAGCUAUUUACAUAUUCUUCAACUGGUGUCAUGGAGGAAUUACAAAUAUAAACUGUUCUGGCCACAUGUGGGUAGAACCAGCCACAGUUUUCAAGAUGGGUAUGAAUAUCUCUAUUUAUUGCCAAGCAGCAAUUAAGAACUGCCAACCAAGGAAAAUUUAUUUUUAUAAAAAUGGCAUUAAAGAAAGAUUUCAAAUCUCAAGAAUUAAUAAAACAACAGCUCGGCUUUGGUAUAACAACUUUCUGGAGCCACAUGCCUCUAUGUACUGCACUGCUGAAUGUCCUGGAUAUUUUCAAGAGACACUGAUAUGUGGAAAAGACAUUUCUUCUGGAUAUCCACCAGAUGUUCCUGACAAGGUAACCUGUGUCAUUUAUGAAUAUUCAGGCAACAUGACUUGUACCUGGAAUUCUGGGAAGCCCACCUACAUAGACACAAUGUAUGUGGUGUAUGUGAAGAGUUUAGAGACAGAAGAAGAGCAACAAUAUCUUUCUUCAAGUUAUAUUAACAUCUCCACUGAUUCAUUGAAAAGUGGCAAGAAAUAUUUGGUUUGGGUCAAAGCUGCAAAUGCAUUGGGCACAGAGAAGUCAAAACAACUGCAAAUUAAUCUGGAUGAUAUAGUGAUACCUUCUGGAUCCAUCAUUUCCAGGGCUGAGGACAUAAAUACAACAGAACCCAAGACUGUGAUUCACUGGAAUAGUCAAACAACAAUAGAAAAAGUUUCCUGUGAAAUGAGAUACAAGUCUACAACAAACCAAACUUGGAAGGUUAAAGAAUUUGACACCAAUUUUACAUAUGAGCAACAGUCAGAAUUCUACUUGGAACCAAACACUAUGUAUGUAUUUCAAGUGAGAUGCCAAGAAACAGGUAAAAGGUACUGGCAGCCAUGGAGUUCACCCUUUUUUCAUAAAACAACUGAAACAGUUUCCCAGCCCACCCUGAAAUCAUUCCAACAUGAUACUCAGAAUUCUGGACUGCUAAUUGCUUCCAUCUUUAAAGGUACAGUUGACAACAGGCAACAAGACAUUGGAUUUUUAUUGGGAAUGAUCUUCUUUGCUGUUAUGUUGUCGAUUCUUUCUUUGAUUGGGCUAUUUAACAGAUCUCUCCGAACUGGAAUUAAAAGAAGAAUCUUAUUGCUAAUACCAAAGUGGCUCCAUGAAGAUAUUCCUAAUAUAGAAAACAGUAAUAUUGUAAAAAUGCUACAGGAAAAAAGUGAAUUUAUGGAUAAUAAUUCCAGCGAACAAGUCCUAUAUGUUGAUCCUGUGGUUGCAGAGAUAGAAAUCUUUCUUCCAGAAGAACACAAGCCCACAGACUACAAGAUGGAAAAGAAUACAGAGCCCCUGGAGACAACAGACUGCCUACAAAAGUCACUACUCACCAACACUACAGUUAUGUAUAUGCCUGGCCUCAGCCCUGGGUAUAAACCCCAGAUUUCAACUUUUCUCACUGGAGGAAGCCAUCUCAGGCAAAAUGAUGAAACAGCUUCCUCAACUCUCAAACCGCCAGCUGAUUCCUUAGACCUGGGGAAAAAUGCCAUGUUUAAAAAAUAUCCUAAUUUUGCUUUUUCUGUCUCAAGUAUGAAUUCGCUAAGCAACACACUACUUCUUGAAGAAUUAAGCCUCAUCUUGAAUCAAGGAGAAUGCAGUUCUCUGGACAUGAAAAACUCAGUAGAGGAAGAAACGACCCUGUUUUUAGAAAAUGCUUCACCCAAGGAAACUCUUUCAGAACAGACGCUGUUGCCUGAUGAAUUUGUCUCCUGUUUGGGGAUCAUGAAUGAGGAGUUGCCAUCCAUUAAUUCUUAUUUUCCACAAAAUAUUUUGGAAAACCACUUUAAUACAAUUUCACUCUUGAAAAAGUAG